UGUGUGUGCGUGCACCUGUGUUUAUUUAAAAAUCUAAGUUCUUUGUGCUGUUCAUUUCUCCUAUCUCCCUGUCACUGCUGCAAGCACAAUGUCUCCAAACACAUUUUAUCUCCUCUUCCUCCUGCCUGCUUUCUCUCUCUCUGAGGUUGCCACUUUUACAAAGUGUCCGCAGUUCUUUUCUGCAGGAAUUCAUCCCACGGUGUUGCAAGAUACAACGGACAACAAUCGUUACACACAGAUAUGCCAAUGCCUUCUGGACCAAAAUGAAAGACCACAAUAUUUCUAUGCCACUCUCUAUGACACCAAGAACAAAAUCCCUGUUUACUCAGCCUACGAGUUCCGCCAUGCAAGUGUUGACAGGGUUGAUCGCUGGUAUGUGGAACCACAGCUCGAUGGAAGUAACCUUAUGUGCAUGGCGUCUCAGGGGACCAUCCCAUCACCCAAUCGAGGGCAGCGACAGGCUCUUAACAGUGAUUAUGAAGGCUCUGGCUAUGACAAGGGACACCUAUUCCCUGUUUACCACACACACAAUGCAGACACCAUGCUGGCCACCUCCACGUUGACCAACGCAGCUCCACAAGAUCCUAGCUUCAAUCGUGGUCAAUGGAAAAAGCAUGAGGAAGACAUGGCCACACUGGUGCAGCAGAACUGUAACUGGGCUUACAUUGUCACAGGUGUAGUCCCUGGGAAUCAAGUGAUUGGGAAUAAUGUAAGGGUGGCCCGUUAUUACUGGAGUGCUUAUUGCUGCUUUGGAGAUAGUGGUGCACCACAGUCAGCAGGCUACAUUGGCCCUGAUAACAAUGGCCAGGUGCAGCAGGGCAGUGUGAUGUGGCUGGAAGAUGAGCUGAGCAAGCAUUAUGGAUCUGUCUUCAGUAUCUUCCAAGGCUCAUGCUAAUACAAAUACUAACCACCAAGUGUAGUCAUUGUGAAAUGAAUCUGCUAUAGAUGGGUGUUUCAAUACAAUAUUUAAUAUUUGUUUUGAAAUAUUAAUUAAACUGAUUUUGGUUUUGACACAUAUCAUGGAACUGAUAUGUCUAAGGAUGUUAAAUAUAUGUGAAAAAGUAUUUGCUGAUUUCUUCUGUUUUUUUUUUUUGUAUACUAAAUAGAUUUAGAUCUUCAAAUGAAAUACAAUAUAAAACAAAGGCAACUUGAGUAAACACACAGUACAGUUUUUAUAACUUUUUAUUGAAGCAAAAAAAAAAAAAAAAAAGCUAUCUAACACCUAUCACCAAUGUGAAAAACUAAUUGCCCUCUUAAAUUUAAAAUCUGGCAGCAAUAUCUGCAACUAAAUGCUUCCGAUAAGUGGAGAUCAGUCUUUAACUUACUUCUAGGACUAGGACUUACUUCUAUGCUUCUGAUCAUUGUCUUGCUGCAUAAUCCAGUUGCGCUUGAGUUUCAAUUUAUGGACUGAAGACCGGACAUUUUCCUUUAGGAUUUUCUGCUAGAGAGCAGAAUUCAUGUUUCCCUCGAUAAGUUGCCCAGGCCCUGAAGCAGCAAAGCAUCCCCACACCAUCACACUUCCACCACCAUGCUUGACCGUAGAUAUGAUGUUCUUUUUGUGGAAUUCUGUGUUUGGUUUACAAAAGAUGUAAUGGGAACCUCUAUGAAUGUUCUGGUUUAUUGAAAUUAUAUGGAGAACUUUUGGAUCAAAUGUAAUAGCUUGAAAGUAAUAGUUUUUUUUUUUUAAAUUAAUGAUUUAAUUUUGAAUUAAUGAUUUAAGUAAAACCUUGUCUGUUUUAUUAGACGAUUUUUAAUAAAUGAACAAGAUAUUCUGUAGAAGUAAUCAGUUUUAAUAUUUCAAAAUUGAUUUAGCCUCAUCCACUCUUAAUAAUAAUAACUAGCUGAAAGACCUAUUACUAAAAAUAGAACAAAGACUUGAGACUUGACUUGGACCUCAGGGACUUGUGAACAUCUGGUAGAUACAGUAGAUCUGCCAGGACAUACAGUAUCUCACAAAAGUGAGUACACCACACACAUUUUUGUAAAUUUUUGAUUAUAACUUUUAAUGUGACAACACUGAAGAAAUGACACUUUUCUACAAUGUAAAGUAGUGAGUGUACAGCUUGUAUAACAGUGUAAAUUUGCUGUCCCCUCAAAAUAACUCAACACACAUCCAUUAAUGUCUAAACCGCUGGCAACAAAAGUGAGUACACCCCUAAGUGAAAAUGUCCAAAUUGGGACCAAAGUGUCAAUAUUUUGUGUGGCCACCAUUAUUUUCCAGCACUGCCUUAACCCUCUUGGGCAUGGAGUUCACCAGAGCUUCACAGGUUGCCACUGGAGUCCUCUUCCAGUCCUCCAUGAUGACAUCACGGAACUGAUGGAUGUUAGAGACCUUGUGCUCCUCCACCUUCCGUUUAAGGAUGCCCCACAGAUGCUCAAUAGCGUUUAGGUCUGGAGACAUGCUUGGCCAGUCCAUCACCUUCACCCUCAGCUUCAUUAGCAAGGCAGUGGUCGUCUUGAAGGUGGUUUUGGGGUCGUUAUCAUGCUGGAAUACUGCAUACUGAUCAUAUUCUGCUUCAGUAUAUCACAGUACAUGUUGGCAUUCAUGGUUCCCUCAAUGAACUGUAGCUCCCCAGUGCCGGCAGCACUCAUGCAGCCCCAGACCAUGCCACUCCCACCACCAUGCUUGACUGUAGGCAAGACACACUUGUCUUUGUACUCCUCACCUGGUUGCCGCCACACACGCUUGACACCAUCUGAACCAAAUAAGUUUAUCUUGGUCUCAUCAGACCACAGGACAUGGUUCCAGUAAUCCAUGUCCUUAGUCUGCUUGUCUUCAGCAAACUGUUUGCGGGCUUUCUUGUGCAUCAUCUUUAGAAGAGGCUUCCUUCUGGGAUGACAGCCAUGCAGACCAAUUUGAUGCAGUGUG